AUGAAAUAUGCAUUAGUGUUGUUACUUUCAUUAGUAAACGCUCUUAAAUAUGUGCCAUUUGAUAAAACACAAUUAGAUCCAUCAUCGGUAUUCGAACAAUUUGAUUAUCCUUCUUUAAAUUCAUCCCCCUGGCAAGUAUCAACUGCCAAAAAAUUUGAUGAGGGAAGAGAUGAAAUAGUUCGUUAUAGUGGUGAAUGGAAAAUUGAAUCUUCGACUUCGAAAUAUCCUGGUUUAGAAGGUGAUUUAGGAUUAGUUAUGAAAUCAAGAGCUUCUCAUUAUGCCAUUUCCUAUAAAUUACCUCAUGAAGUGACAAAUACCAAUCCCAAUAAUAAUAAAACCCAAGAUUUAGUUUUACAAUAUGAAGUCAAAUUACAACAAGGUUUGACUUGUGGUGGUGCUUAUAUAAAAUUAUUGGAUAGUUCACCUUCAGGUUAUAAAUUUUUCAAUUCAGAAACUCCAUAUCAAAUUAUGUUUGGUCCUGAUGUUUGUGGUAGUGAAAAUAAAAUCCAUUUCAUUAUAAGAAAAAAACUUCCCAAUGGUGCCAUUGAAGAAAAACAUUUAAAACAUAAACCAAUGGCAAGAACAAAUGAAUUGACUAAUUUAUAUACAUUAAUUAUUAAAUCAAAUCAAGAUUUUGAAAUUAGAGUUAAUGGACAAGUUGCCAAAGCUGGGAAUUUAUAUAAGAAUCAAAAAUUAUUUAAUCCACCAUUUGAACCACCAAAAGAGAUUCCUGAUGUUGAUGAUAAAAAACCUGAUGAUUGGGAUGAUAGAGCAUAUAUUCCCGAUCCUAAUGUUGAAAAACCAGAAGAUUAUGAAUUGAAACAUGAAUACCCUCAAAUUAGAGAUCCCAAUGCUGUUAAACCAGAUGAAUGGGAUGAACUGGCACCAAGGUAUAUACCUGAUCCAGAUGCCGUCAAGCCUAAAGAUUGGAAUGACGCCGAAAAACAAUGGGAACCACCAUUGAUUGUUAAUCCGAAAUGUGCUACUGGUUGUGGACCAUGGGAAGCACCAUUAAUUCCAAAUCAUGAUUACAUUGGUCCAUGGUUCCCACCUGAUAUCAAAAACCCAAAUUAUAAUGGUAUUUGGACCCCAAGAUUAAUUCCUAAUCCUGAUUAUUAUCAAGUGAAAACUCCAGGGAAAUUAGAUAAACCAAUUGGUGGAAUUGGAUUUGAACUUUGGAGUAUUGAAAGUGAUAUUUUAUUUGAUAAUAUCUAUUUGGGUAACUCCAUAGCAGAAGCAGAAUUAAUUGGUAAUACUACAUUUAAAAUCAAAUACGAAUUAGAAGCUGAUCAAAGACGUGAAAACAAACCACGAGUUAAAAAUGAACCUGUGGCUCCACCACGGAAUUUUGAAGAUAUAAUUCGUGAUGAUUCUAUUUCUACAUUCCAACAAUUUUUAAUUUUCAUCAAAUUAUUUUGGUUAAAACAAUAUGUUCAAUUAAAAGAUUUUUAUUUUGAAUUAACGUUGGAUCCAAUUGGUUUAAUAAUGGCAAAUCCAUUGAAAACUUUAUUGUAUGCAUUUUUAUUUUUGUUUUCAUUUACAAUUUUCUUUGGGUUUGCAAGCACAAUCAUGUUUUUAUUACAAGGAGGUGAAGCGUUUGGUAGUAGUAGUAGUAUUACCACUACUACGACAACUGAUCUGAAUCGUAAAAAUGUAUUAACUGCAGAAGAAAUUGAAAUGCCCAGCAAUCAUGUACAAAAAAUAGAAAUUCUUGAUGAACAAAUACAUGUAAGACAAAGAAAAUAG